AUGCGAGUGACAGGCUUUCUGCGGGGCCUGGCCUUACUCUUCACUUUAGUCACCACCUGGUUCUUUGCCACCGCCUAUUUCCGCCAUGGGAGUGUGAAAUCAGUCAACCUGAGGAGCUGGUUGGGGUCCAAUGAUGUGCCAACUAAAGCAGCAAAAGUCCGAAAUAAGUGCGGCAAUGAAAACAGUUGCCCCGAGAACACCUUUGCUUUCAAGAUCAUCAGCGGCGCAGCUAAUGUCGUCGGACCUUCCAUAUGCCUUGAGGGUAUUGUAUUUAUGAGCGCUGUCAAAAAUAACAUCGACCGGGGUUUAAACAUUGCUCUUGUCAACGGAACUAAUGGUCACCUCAUCAAGAUGGCUACCUUUGAUAUGUAUGCUGGAGACAUUAAAGAUUUAGUGAAGUUCCUGGAGGGAAUCAACGAAGGCUCCCUUGUGCUGAUUGCUUCUUACGAUGACCCAGGCUCAAAGAUGAACGACGACGCACGGAAAUUGUUGACUGACCUUGGAAGUAGCUACGCGACCAAGCUGGGGUUUAGGGACAACUGGGUAUUCAUUGGCGGGAAAGGACUCAAAGGCAAAAGCCCGUUCGAACAGUACCUGAAGAACGAUAAGGAUGCUAACAAAUAUGACGGCUGGCCUGAAGUGCUGGAGCUAGAGGGCUGCGUGCCCCAGAAGAUGGGCUAA